AAACAAAAUCCGUAAGGAUCCCUGCAAUCAAGACUCGAUAUGGAGCAAAUGACAUUAAGCGGAACCCUAACAGGUCACAAUGGCUGGGUAACUCAAAUCGCUACAACUCCCCAAGAUCCAAACCAAAUUCUUUCUGCGUCAAGAGACAAGACCCUUAUUUUGUGGGAAUUGACUCAAGAUGGAGAUAACAACUCUGGUGUUCCAAAGCGUUCUUUAACUGGACACAACCACUUUGUCUCAGAUGUUGUCAUGUCAUCUGAUGGACAAUUUGCUUUGUCUGGUUCAUGGGACAAGACACUGCGUCUUUGGGAUUUAAAUGCAGGAGUUACCACUCGGCAAUUCGUUGGUCACACCAAAGAUGUCUUGAGUGUUGCUUUUUCUGCUGACAACCGACAAAUUGUUUCUGGAUCUCGUGAUAACACCAUUAAACUGUGGAAUACACUAGGACAGUGCAAGUACACCAUUCAUGAUGAAUGCCACACUGAGUGGGUUUCAAAUGUGCGGUUUUCACCAAACACUCAAAACCCAAUAAUAGUUUCAUGUGGUUGGGAUAAAAUGGUCAAGGUCUGGAAUUUAACCAACUGUAAACUAAAGACCAAUCACUAUGGACACACUGGAUAUCUUAACACAGUGACAGUAUCUCCUGAUGGUUCGCUCUGUGCAUCUGGUGGCAAAGAUGGAAAAGCUAUGUUGUGGGACUUGAACGAAGGAAAACAUCUUUACACAUUGGAUGGUGGAAAUAUCAUUAACUCGUUGUGCUUUAGCCCCAACCGAUACUGGUUGUGUGCUGCUACUGGACCAAGUAUCAAAAUCUGGGAUUUGGAAUCAAAAUCUGUUGUUGAUGAGUUGAAACCAGGAGUGAUCAAUACAGGUGCUAAAGAAAAAUCGGCCGAUUGUAUCUCCCUGGCCUGGUCUGCUGAUGGUCAAAUAUUGUUUGCAGGGUAUACUGAUAACCUUAUUCGCAUAUGGAAGGUUUCAAGAGUUGCAUAAUUCUUUGAAACAAAAUAAAUGCUGCAUGGGAUCAA